AAUGCGGUCCCAAAUGAGCUAUUCUUUCACUCCGAUUAUCACCCGAUAGCUAACGUUCACCACAAAUCGAUGUUUGUCGACAAACUCACGAAACUAGAGCCACACCUUCUACGCAUACCAUUCCUGGUGGACCUCAAUGGGUGUCAAUACCCACCAGACGUUCAGUUCGUAGUCCCCGGCAGAGAGUUGACGCUUGACCACCAAAAUGAGCCGUACGUCUGUUUCUCGGAUAACAAAACAUUAGUUUUGGGACCGGUAUUCGAGUGCACCGACACGUCGGCCACCGAAUCGUUUUUUGCCGAUAGAGUCAAACACUUGAUCGACAUAUUAGGCACUCAUAUGACUCGAUGGCAAAUGUCUGAGAUUUUAUUUAUUAAUUACAUCCGAAUACUCGAACACAAGAAACAUAUCAAACCUUUCAAAGAGUUCUUUGAUUUAUUGGUUAAGUUUUUGGUUUCAAAAGUAAGUGCCGAAGAGUUUUGCUCUGAACUCAAUCUAAUCAUACCGUGUCCGCCCUCUUACCUCAUGGUUCCAGUUCUUAAGUAUUGUCUGCCGUUUUUCAAACCCGAAAUUAUUAAUGUAAACUCUGGUCAUUCGUCAAACUCUGCCACCAAUGCAUCUAAAGGCGAUCUUAACGAUAGUAUCACUUAUUUGUCAAACAAUACCAUUACUGCCGAUGUGUUCAUCGCUAAAGUCAAAGAACUUCUCGAACUCGAGAUAACAAAAGAAGACUAUUCACUACUUUUGAAUAAAACAUUGCCUAAGUUAAGGCAUUAUAUGAUUAAAAACAUGGUAUCGCUGGACGGCAUCUCAUGCGGACCAUUAGUGGCGCCCAAAAGUGACCGCAAACUAAGUUGUGGUCAACAGUCGGAACACAAUUACUCUAACUUAAGAUACGAGGAAAGCAAUGAUAAGCGGACUCUCUAUUUGCGCGAUAAGACUAAGAUUACGGGUCACUAUAAGGAACAGGGAUGGAAAGUAGCUAAUAAGCAAUACGAGGAAAGCAAUGAUAAGCGGACUCUCUAUUUGCGCGAUAAGACUAAGAUUACGGUCAACUCAAUCGAAGAAGUAAACUCUGUUUACGAGGAAUUGAAGCGAAAAGAGUUGAAUGAAAUCACACUCUUUCAAGAGUUUCGCAACGAAACCCUUUCUCUCAGUACACAAACGGAUGACAAGAAUUUGAUUGUCGGCACAAAUGGUGAGCAAAAUAUGACUGAAAUGAAUGCCGCGGACGAGACGGGUGUCAGUGAUUCAGGUGCUCGGAGUCCAUCGACUUCAUCGCACUCUCAAACUUGCGGUGAAUCUGAACUCAAGUCUAAGAAGCGAAGGAUACUUCUGAAGUUCAGUAGACAACCGAUGGCUAAAAGACUUCGCUCUAAGGAUAGAGAUAUAAGUGAUUCAAACGAACCACUGAUUGUUAAGAUUAAGGAACAGGGAUGGAAAGUAGCUAAUAAGCAGUUGUUUAGACAUCCCGGUCAUUGGUUAUCAUAUGAUUUUGACACAACACUCGAAACACUGUGGAGGGAAAGGGAUGCUGUGAUUCAGUUGAGUCUCGAAGAAGUAAACUCUGUUUACGAGGAAAUGAAGCGAAAAGAGUUGAAUGAAAUCACACUCUUUCAAGAGUUUCGUAACGAAACCCUUUCUCUCAGUACACAAACGGAUGACAAGAAUUUGAUUGUCGGCACAAAUGGUGAACAAAAUAUGACUGAAAUGAAUGCCGCAUACGAGACGGGUGUUAUUGAUUCAGGUGCUCGGAGUCCAUCGCACUCUCAAACUUGUGGUGAAUCUGAACUCAAGUCUAAGAAGCGAAGGAUACUUCUGAAGUUCAGUAGACAACCGAUGGCUAAAAGACUUCGCUCUAAGGAUAGAGAUAUAAGUGAUUCAAACGAACCACUGAUUGUUAAGACAGAUCUCAAAGUUAUUGUUGGGAACGACUCGUCAGAUGAAAGCCAAACAGCAUUUGAUGACCAAAUCGAUAGCCCAUUCAGUGAUACGACACUCGCAAACCCGGUUUACAAUGAUUUGGAUCCAAAUAUUGAUGAAAACACUCGAGAGUUAGACAUGAAAUCAGAAGCGACUGAAGUAGUUGUUCAGAGUUGUUCAGGCAGUACAAACACCACUACAACUGUGGUUAGGGAUAACCAACAUAUGGAUACAAAUAGUGAUAAUUUACCUCAAAAUGAAAACAAUGUUCUGAACAGUGAAAGAGUGGGUAUUAAGAGACAGGUUGUGAAUGUGUGUGAAAUGCAAACCCAAACCAUAUCUCAUGAGUUUCAAUGUGAUUCUCAAACACAAACUGAGGGUCUGUUUGAUGUCAAACCGGGUAUUAAACAGGAAUUGAUGGCCGAUAUGAAAGUGAAGCCCGAAUUGGUGUCCACUCCUCAUACUCCUAAUCAACUGAUUUGUGUGUUUUGUCGCCAAAGCAUUCACUUGAAGGACAAGAAGGAGGCCUUCGAUCACUAUAAACGCCAUUUGGGAGCAGUUGUCAGGUGUGAUGUCACCCACUGUUUGGCCAACUUCUCGACGGUUAAGGCGUUCCGUAGUCACAGCGCAGAGCACUCACAGAGCGAUGAAAACCUACUGAAUGUCAAGAACUAUCGGCUGUCCAUUGAUUGGAUCCAUUCGUUCCUUACAUUCCAAACGAGUCCCACAUUUCGUCGAUUGUGUCGAACCCGAGACGAGUUCUGCGCCGUCUGUUAUGCCAUCAAAUUGAGUGACACAUCUACUCAACACUCGAACUACUGUUCCCCAGAGGAUAGUCAGCCAUUUGAGGAGCACUUGAAGAGUCAUCUGAACUGCGAUUCGGUGUUUGAAUGUCUGGAGUGUCUUAAGAAGAAUGACGACGACGACGAGCGCCAGAAGUACUUCUUUGGUGAGACGGACGCUAGAAAUCAUUUACACGUUUGGCAUGAUUUCAAACCAAUGGCUGAUUAUAGCGUUAAAGACUACUUCAAUGUAACGACGAGUUUGAGCCCCAAUUUGGAGGCAUUUGUUAAGAAAAAGUGUCUGUCCACCUCUGCCUACUCACUACUCGUAAUCACCGGUUUCUCUCCAGUUGUCUGCAAACGUGUGAAUCUUUUGCAGCAUUUGUUUGUCUUGAAUGCCGACCACAACAUCGGCUUUGAUUGUCCGCAGAGAGCAAAGAGUGGUCGGAAGGAAACCACGCAAUGA